AUCAACAUGGCAUUCAGUGCUGGCAUCGCCGUUACUGUGAACAUUGAUACAGAUGUGAUGUCUUUCAUCGCUGAACUAGGCGCUAAGUUCCAGGGUCAGGUUCAAGGGCUUCUUGGAAACUUAAACGGAAACCCAGAUGACGAUCUUCAGUUCCCAAACGGAACCAUUUUGGAGCCGGGAUCUUCGCUUAGAGAACUUCACGAUUUUGGUUUGGAGUGGUUGGUGGCUCAAGAGGACACCAUAUUCACCUACAUUUCCCCAUUUGACUACAGCACAUACCACUUUCCUGAGUUUUCUCCGACCUUCGAGGUUCCUGAUCUCGACGAAGUGAGUCAGGAAAUCAAGGACUUGUGUGGCGAUUCCAUUGAGUGUGUCUUUGAUGCGGUAAUCACCGGCAGCCUGUCUUUUGCUAACGAGACUCUUGUGCAGGAAAGCACAAUAGAUGAAGUCCAGAAAGGGUUGGUCAAGAUUGUCAGCUGUGGCUAUCCGGGUGAUGUGGAGAAUGGGUCGGUGUCUGGGUCAAUAUAUCUCGUGAAUGCCACUGUGGAUGUAGCUUGUGAUGAUGGCUUCACCUUGACAGGGUCUUCCAGAUUGACCUGUCUUGAAGAUGGUCAGUGGUCGUCUGGUCUCCCUGUUUGUGUUGGCAUUGAAGAUAUAGGUGGAGAGGUGGGGGGGUUAUCGUCAGGUAUCAUAGCUGCGAUUGGUCUUGGUUGCUCGCUAGCUGUACUCGUCGCAGUCGGUGGUCUUAUCUUCUUUACAAUGCAGAGAAAAUAUUCAAAAAAGGGGCGAGAAUAGAUCAGAAUCGGGUGAAGCUGACCCGUAAACAUAUCUAUAAAACAGUUAGCUCAAUCAACUCAGCAUAAUAAAAGCACAAUGAACGGACUUUGCACAUUCUUUAUAUUGACGAAAAGAUAUGGAACAAAAGCAGAACAUUUGCACCACCUCCCCUUGCUUUUCCUAUUAAAUUUGGGGCGGAACAUUUUUGGACCCACUUUUUCAGGAGCAAUUUUUUUUUUUUGGCCCCCAAAAAUUGUGUUCUGGAUCCGGCCUUGUAUGGAACAUGCAGUUGGUAAAGUGAACAUCAUGAAGGCCUAUUGCAAUAGUAAAGCGUUUGUUAGAUCCAAACCAAUGUCACGAUAGACUUACAAAAGGAGCUUCGCGAAUAAGACCAAUUGCAGUGAAGUA